UCCGCUGCUCACUAUCUAACCAACAGCGAUUUAUCGGGGGAAAUAUUACCAGAACAGCAAUAUAUAUCUUAAAAGUUGAAAAUUAAGUGCUUGACCUUUCGAUACAGUGAUUCGUUGCGGGUAAUAACCGUGAAUGGAACACGCAGCUGUUGUAGAGUGUACGCACUGUUGAACACACUCCAAAAAUACUCCACGGGCGGGCGUUGGCCCUGGCCUGGCAUAGUUAACACUGCCUGGCUGCUUUGCAUAUAGCCUAGGCCUAGGCUACUCUAACGGGAGUCCGGUCGUGGCUGAUGUUGAGGAGUUGAGUGUCGUUGAUUAACAUGUAACAGAUAAAGUACUUUAACUGGUCUUAGUGAAGAUAAUACAGAUACAUUUCGCAAAUUCUUUGAGAUUUGGAUAGCAUCUAUGUGUGAUUAUCAGUGAGGAUCCCCUUGUGGCCCCCACUUACACACACACACACACACACACACACAUAUACACACACAGAGAUAGAGAGAAACACACACACACAGCCUGUGUGAGCUCUGUUGGCACACACACACACACACACACACACACACCCCUGUUUGUCAUGGAGGUGUGUGAGGACAUGGUGGACAGGGAGCUGACCCUGACUGUGCUGCUGCCUGGAGGCACUGAGGAGACGGCCACCGUGCAUGGGAGUAAACCAGUGAUGGAUUUAUUGGUCACACUCUGUGGCGAGUAUCACCUAAACCCAUCCGAGCACAUCAUGGAGCUGGUGUCGCCCAAUCAGAAUCACAUCAAGUUCAAACCCAACUCUCUGAUUGGCUCCCUGGAUGCUGAGAAGGUUGUCCUAAGACACAGAGGAGAGGACGAAAGGACCAAGAGGAAAGGCCCCUACGUGCCAGAGGUGUCUGUACGUCUGAUGAUCUUCUAUAGGCAAGUGCACAGGGCAGUUGUGCGUGUGAGUCCCAAAGUGCCUCUGAGCGAGUUGCUCCCUGCCAUCUGUGACAAGUGCGAGUACGACCCUGACACCACCCUCCUGUUCCUCAACAGCCAAUCAGAGGAGCCAUUGGACCUCACUAAAUCACUGAAUGACCAUGGGAUCAGGGAGGUGUUCGCCAAGGACAUGAAAGUCAUUAAUCUCCCAGAGCCCAUUGCUACCACUCCAGAUAGUGAAGCCUCCAAGGAAAACAAACUCCCGCCUGCCAAAGAGAAGAGUGAGAAGGGGAAGGACAACAAGAGCUUCUUCAGUUUUUUUAGAAUAGCUAAAAAGAAAACUCAGAAGAACGUAUCUGCGAGCGUCCCGACCUCCCCUCUCCUCCAGAAGCAGCGCACUCUCAGCUUGAGCUUCCUGACCUCCCGCUGCAGCACCCUGCCCUCGGAGAAGUCCAAGAAAAGACGGGCACCGCUGCCGCCCAUGCUGGCCUCCCAGAGCUUCCCCACCAACCUGAACACCAGCCAGCCUGUUCUCACCGCCGAGGAUUCUGGGAAAGAGACCACGCUCAGUCACAGCUCAUCCAGUGAGUCUUCUCUGAAGAGAACCAAGCGGCGAGCCCCCCCUCCCCCUGCCCUCCCCCCACCUUCCAGUCCCCCCACACCAGACGAUGAUGCCCCAGAGGACCUCGUUUGUAAAGAUGUCUUGGGUAAUUUGGCUCCUGUGAGGGAGGUUCCAGAGGAAACCUUGAAUGAAGACCAAUCAAUAAACUAUCCAGUCGCAGCACUUAUUCACCAUACGACUAACGGCACAGGGGACUGUCUGUGUGAAGAACUGCACUCCAAUGACAAGCCCUGUGAAGAGUGCUCUGUGUGUGUGGAGUGUGGGUCUAGGAAGUCAGAGUGUGACGGACCCACACCCGGCGGUCAGCCAGAGGGGCCAGCGGAGUCUCCAGCUUCGCCCUCUCGCCGGACGCCGUCGAUCGGCUCCAGCCGGCGAAACAGCCCUAGCUGGAUGGGUGUAGGCUCGUCGUCCGGGCGACUGCUGCGGAGCAGCGGGAGCGGCCUGACCACCUUCACCAUCAUCCCCAAGCUGAGGGACAGGGAGAGGCAGCACAGGACCUACCAGGUGGAGGUAGUCCUGGAAAAGCAGCAGUCUUUGGAAGGUCUAGGGCCCCAUUCAGAACAGGUAGAACCAAACAGCAGAUCCACAGGAAAUGGAGAACAUGAAGGAAAUGCCUCAGAAUCAGCAGAUAAAAGCAAGGACUGGAGGGCCCCAGACACCAAACCGAAAUCCAGCAGUGGAGUCCCAUUCUGGGUCUCACAGAGGAGCACAGUGGGUCACACCUCCCUCAUGCAGGAACUUCAGAAGAGGGUCCCUGUUUUAAACGGAGAACCACAUUACCAGAACACAGACAGGGCAGAGGGAGAGAGGAAAUAUGAUGAGCGGGAGGAUCAGGGGGGAAGAAAUGUAGAAAAAAAGGAGGAAGAGGAAAAAGAAGAGAAUGUAGAUGAAGAGGAGGAGUGGGAGGAGGGGAAGGCAUCUCAUGAAGAAAGGAUGGAACAAGAGAGGGAUGAGGUGGAGGAGGAAGAGGAGGAAGACAAGGAAGAGGAGGAGGAGGGAGAAGGAGAAGACAAGGAAGAGGAGGAGGAAGAGGAGGAGGGAGAAGGAGAAGACGAUGAGGGAUUUGAUGGCAGCGAGAAAGAGAGCAUCGAGAAUGAUGAUGAUGAAGAUGAAGAUGACGGAGGUGAGCAGGAAGAGGAGGAUGAGGAAGAAGAAAAAAGGGAAGAGAUAGAAAAGGAAGACUUCUUCCCCCCACCUCCUCCGCCUGUCUUUUGGAAAGAGAGUGCUAAAGCGAGUCAGUACUCCCCUACUGAGGCCGAACACCACCCAGUGGACUUGUCCUCCACCCCUGGGUCCUGUGGCUCUGGGAAGCUGCCUGUCUCCGAGUCCCCAGGGGGGCUGUCACUCUUCGCCCUGGCCGUUGCCCAGAGGGCCCAGCGCUUCACCCAGGCCUUUAACACCCGUGCCUCCUCCACCAACAGAUGACGGCUUGGUCACCCAGAGAGCCCCUACAGCAACGGCUGUGUACCCACUGCUCUCCGCUAAGGGGAGGGAACCUGAGGCUGACCUCGCUGUGACCUUCCCGUGUUUGUUUAUAUGCCUGAUAUUCCUGAAGAAGCCUCGAAUGGAAGUUCAAUCCGCAACAAUGACACAUUGUUUAUGCCAUAAAAAAACACGACAUGACACAACGCAGCAUGGAUGUUUUCACGGUAACCAAACCACCAAACACGGGUGAAGUAGGAUGGACGUCUCAAUCCUUGUGAAUGGGGAAGGGUAUGAGGAUGUAUUGGAUUUUUUUUUAUUUGUGAGUUAUUUUUUAGUCUGUAAAAUGUACAUUCCAAGCUUGCUUAUGGGCUUAAACUGGUGUAUUUAUGUUACGUUUUGGAGUGUGCUAUUUCUGCAUUUUUGGCCCACAAACAGAUUAUUUUUUUACUUUAUUUUUUUUUACUGGAAUUUAUCUGAAUCAUUUAUGUCUUUGUUCUGUCACUUGUUUUGCUACUGUGCAUAAAUAAAGCAUCGAAAAUACUCUCA